CUGACUUCAUUUGGUAAAUUAGGUAGGUAAUCCUUAAUCCAUCUCUUCUUGCUUUCUCUGUUUUGUCAUUCAUUCAAAGUUCUGUUCUUGACAGUUACUGUACAUUGUUUAAAAAUCCUAAUUGUUAAACUUGAUCAUGGUAAGUUUUUGCUUUUCUAAGCAUGUGGAUUCCUGAUUAUAUUUUGUUCAAUGAAUUCCGGUUAUGGGUUACAUGGGAUUUCAUGGGUUGACCUGAUUUUCCAUCCCUCUUUGAAUGAUUGAAUUCUUAGCACUCAACCAGUUUCAUUUUCAUGGCGAAAUUGUUCCUACUGCUUAUCAAUAUUAAUUACAAAAUUUUGUUCUCAUUUUUGCCUUUCUUUUCAAUUCAUCUUCUCCUCAUCCUAAAGACACAAUCUUUGAGCAAAUUUUAGCUCCUUAUACAGGUGUUUCUGUGAUUUACUAGGCAUACCUCCUUGGUUGAUAACUUCUCCACUAGAAAGGGAAUUAUUGUCCAGUUUAUUGAAGAUGUAUCUUGUGGAAAGCAAAGGAGGGGCCAUAGCAUGCAUGCUGUUAGCUCUAUUUUUCUUGGGAACAUGGCCCGCCAUUCUUACUUUGUUGGAGAGGAGAGGUCGUCUUCCUCAGCACACUUAUCUUGACUACACAAUCACUAACCUAUUAGCUGCUGUCAUCAUUGCCUUUACUUUUGGAGAGAUUGGGAAAAGCACCAAUGCUAAGCCUAACUUCCUUGAGCAACUAUCCCAAGAUAAUUGGCCUAGUGUUAUGUUUGCAAUGCUUGGUGGAGUAGUUCUCAGUCUUGGCAAUCUAGCAACUCAAUAUGCCUGGGCAUUUGUUGGGUUAUCAGUUACUGAGGUGAUCACUUCAAGCAUGACUGUUGUUAUAGGCACAACCUUGAAUUACUUCUUGGAUGACAAAAUCAACAAGGCGGAAAUACUUUUUCCUGGUGUUGCAUGCUUCUUGAUUGCGGUUUGUUUAGGCUCUGUUGUCCAUGCAUCAAAUGCAGCUGAUAACAAAGCAAAGCUUAGUAGUUACUCAAUUGAUUACGAAAAGGGGGAAGAGUUUAGGAAUACAUCUGCAUCUCAACAAAUGUCUUCGGAUGGACAAGGUGGAAACAAUGAUCUGGAGAACGGAAAUGGCACCAUGGGAAAGGCAGCAUUUGGGACUGCUCAUUUUCUUAUUGAGCUUGAAAGCAAAAGGUCUAUAAAGGUGUUUGGGAAAAGCACGUUUCUUGGAUUGGGAAUAACUUUCUUUGCCGGAGUUUGCUUUUCCCUUUUCUCACCAGCUUUCAACCUGGCUACAAACGAUCAGUGGCAUACUUUAAAGGAAGGGGUUCCACACUUGAGUGUCUACACAGCAUUUUUCUACUUCUCUGUCUCCUGUUUCGUUGUCGCACUCAUUUUAAACAUUACCUUCCUCUUCCGCCCUGUACUGAACACAUCCAAAUCAUCAUUUAAAGCCUAUCUAUCAGAUUGGAAUGGUAGAGGUUGGGCCUUAUUGGCAGGACUGCUGUGCGGAUUUGGGAACGGUCUCCAAUUCAUGGGAGGCCAAGCAGCUGGAUACGCAGCAGCAGAUGCUGUUCAGGCGCUUCCGCUUGUCAGUACCUUCUGGGGUAUACUUAUAUUUGGAGAAUACAGAAGAUCAUCAAGAAGAACAUAUUUAUCUCUUGGAGGGAUGCUGUUUAUGUUCAUUGUGGCUGUGGGAGUCCUCAUGGCCUCUGCAGGGCAUCGAAAAUAACAAUGUAGUUCGAUAAGAUUUGGAAUACAUUCAAAUUGUUCAUGAACUAGAACAUUAUACAGUUUAUAGUCUAUAGAGUCUACUGUCAAUUCUUUCUUAAAGAUUUAGUCACCCUUGUAAAAACUACUCCUCACUGUAUCAUGUAUUAGACCUCUGCACAAACAAGGGGGGAAAAGAAAAAGAGGAACAAUUAGACCAAAAGUCAGCACAAGAUUGGCGGUUGAUGUUAAUCAUGUCAACUAUUUUCACCUGAAUUGCAGUCUGAAUAAUCCAGC